AUGGAUCGCGAUGAAAUUGAUUUUCGAAUGUUGCAUGAAAAUGUAUCCUUCUUGGAUUAUUGUUUCGAUAAUUCUUUUACAUUGAAAAGUUCACUGAUUGAAGUCAAGGAAUAUAUAUCUCAACAGAAAGAUCAAGUUAAUGAUAUUUCAACAUCAACAAAAUUAAAUAUAAAGAAAAAACAUUCUUUGGAUUGCUCCUUGCUGAAUGUAAGUACUGUAGCUGAUGAUAACUUUAGGAAGGACUUGAAGAACUGGGGAUUACCUAUGACGAUUGUAAAACAAUAUGAACAGAAAGGAAUAAGUAGAAUGUUUAAAUGGCAAGCAGACUGUUUAAGUAACUCUAAGGUUUUAUUACAUUGUUGUAAUCUUAUUUAUUCUGCUCCCACAUCAGCUGGAAAGACACUUGUUGCUGAAAUUUUGGCUGUCAAAACCAUUCUCGAGCGUCAGAAGAAAGUUAUAAUUAUUUUACCUUAUGUAUCUAUUGUUAGAGAAAAAAUGUUUUAUUUACAACAAAUCUUUUCAAGCUCAGGCAUUCGGGUUGAAGGGUUUAUGGGUUCACAAUCACCACCAGGAGGUCUUCAGUCAGUCCAUAUUGCAUUGUGCACAAUUGAAAAGGCUAACAGUUUAGUUAAUAAAAUGCUUGAUGAUAAUAGUAUCUUUGAUCUCGGUGCUGUUAUUGUUGAUGAACUUCACUUACUUGGUGAUCCUCAUAGAGGGUAUAUUUUAGAACUCCUAUUAACAAAGGUAAAGUAUUUUACCAAUAAGACUGAUGAUAUUAAUAUCCAAAUUAUAGGAAUGUCUGCUACACUUCCAAAUUUAGAGGUCUUAGCAAAUUGGUUAGAUGCUGAACUUUUUAUAACUGAUUUUAGACCAAUUCCUUUAGAUGAGUGUUGUUUAGUUGAUAACAAAUUGUAUGACAAUUUAGGUAAUUUUAUACAAAAUAUGACUUUUAUGAGCGAGAAUAAAGACUGUGACAGUGUACUCAAUAUAUGUUUGGAAACAAUUAAAGAAGGCUGUUCAGUUCUUAUCUUUUGCAUGACUAAGAAUAGAUGUGAAAACCUAGCACAGAAUAUUGCAUCAUCCUUUUUUAGAUUAGGAAGCAAUGAUCAAGAAAUAGGUCCUAUGCUACGAGAACAGCUAAGAUCUGAUUUAAUCUCAGAGGUAUUAGAACAACUGAAAAACUGUCCAGUAAAAUUAGAUCAACUUUUAAAAAAUGUAAUAUCAUUUGGAGUUGCGUUUCACCAUGCUGGUCUGACUUAUGAUGAAAGAGAUAUAAUUGAAGGGGCAUUCAAAUCGGGGGCUCUUAGAGUUUUAGUAGCAACAUCAACCUUAAGUUCUGGCGUGAAUUUACCUGCAAGAAAAGUAAUUAUAAGGUCACCUGUUUUUCAAAGACAACCAAUUAAUAUUCUAACAUACAAGCAAAUGGUUGGGAGAGCUGGACGAAUGGGUAAAGAUACUAAGGGUGAAAGUAUACUCAUAUGUACUAAGGCAGAACAAAAAAUUGGAUUCAAUCUAAUGAUGGGUAAUCUGGAUCCAGUAAAAAGUUGCAUAGAAAGUGAGGACAAGUUUAUGAGAGCAGUUUUAGAAAUGAUUGCAAGUCAAGUUGUAUGCGUGAAAUCAGAUCUAAUAUUGUAUUCCAAAUGUACAUUACUAUUUAAUCAACAACAUGAUUUAACUAUACAGAACUCACUUUUAGAGAAUACUUUAAAACAACUUAUAGAUUUUGAACUGGUGAGAGUUCAGUCAAUAAAUUCAGAAGAGAAUUAUGUUGCUACUUCAUUGGGCAAGGCGUGUCUUUCGUCAAGUAUGGCGCCUAAUGAUGGCCUGUCUCUAUUUUGUGAACUACAAAAAGCUCGCCAGUGUAUUGUUUUAGAAACGGACUUGCAUCUUAUUUAUCUAGUCACACCAUAUAGUGUUAGUAGUCAAUGGGCAGAUUUAGAUUGGUUGCAUUUAUUAACCCUUUGGGAAUCCCUUACUUUGGCCAUGAAAAGAGUUGGACAGCUAGUGGGGGUUCAGGAGAGUUUUAUUAUUCGUUGUUUAAGAGGAGGAAGUAAAUCUGUCUGUCAGAAAAAAAUAAAUAUUCAUAAAAGAUUCUAUACAGCAUUGGCGUUACAAGAUUUAGUUAAUGAAGUACCUCUCUCUGAUGUGGCUACAAAGUUUCAAUGUGCACGUGGAUUUCUUCAAGGCCUGCAGCAAGCUGCUGCAACUUUUGCUGGUAUGGUAACAGCUUUUUGCAGACAGCUGGGCUGGAAGAACAUGGAAUUACUAAUAUCACAAUUCCAGGAUAGACUACAUUUUGGAGUUCAAUCUGAACUAUUAGAAUUAAUGAAAUUAACUUCAUUGAAUAGCGUUAGAGCACGGACAUUAUUUAAUAUGGGUUUUGAGACAAUAACAAGCAUAGCCUCAGCAAAUGUAAAUGAAAUAGAAAAUGCGUUACAUAAAGCUGCACCUUUUCAAAGUGAAAAGGGAAUGGAAGGUGACGAUGAUGCUGACAUACGAAAACGAAAUAAGAUGAGAAACAUCUGGAUAACCGGCUUUUGCGGGAUGACUGCUAAAGAAGCUGCCGACAAUUUAAUUUUGGAAGCAAGGAAAUAUUUAGAAUUCGAAAUUGGUGUGGUAGAAAUAAAGUGGGACAAUAAAUUAUUGAUAGCAGAUGAGAAUAGUGGAGAAAGUGACUGUAAGGAAUUACAGCCGGAAUUCCAAUUGAAGUGUGACAUCGCGUGUGACCCGAAAAAUGAGGAUAGUGUUUGUAUUGAUAAUAAAACUAACUUGCAACAUGUAAAGAGUCAUAGCAUUGCAUUAAAGGUUGAGGAAGAUAAUUCGCCAUGUUCAAAUUUAAACGAAGGAAAAGAAUCAGUGCCGCGAUGCAAUAAUGAAAUUACCAUUGGAAAGUCUUUAGUCCUUAUUGAACCGGAUACAGCGUGGGAUUCAUUACAAGUAAAUGAAACUGCAUUGAAUAAUAUUUCAAAAAUUAGACUACCGCCAAAAGAGUUUUCGCCUAAUAUAAGUUUUGGUGACUUCGAAGAUAAUAUAGAAUUAUCCAAUACAGCUCACAUAAUAAAAUCAUGUGAUGCAAAGAGUAUUAAAGACGUAAGCAUAUUUUCUUCAGAAGGUGAUAAUUCUAGUCUUUUUGAAGAUAGCUUACCAUUAGACUUAAUUCCAAAUACUGUAAUCGAUUCAAGAAUAGAGUCAAAGUACGACAAUAAUGGCAUACAUGAAACAGAGUUUUUGAAUUUAAAUUCUACGGCUGUAAACACAUACAAGUCACCUAAUUUUGACGAUAAAAAUAUGUCAAUUAACUUUGUUGAUGUUAAUGAAAAGUUAUCAUAA